AUUUUGUGUAGAAUUUGAACUCUCAGUCGAUCUCGAUAAAUUUCGUUUCUUUCUCAAUGGGAACUGAAGAAGAGCGUAGCUCCCCUUCUAAGGAAAUAGACCAAGACAGGUCGAAGCACAGAGAAAGGGAUAAGGACAGAGACAGACGUGAUAGACAUAAAAGAGAGAGAGACCGCUCAAGAGAGCGAAGGAGAGACCGAGAAAGACAUAGAGAUGACAAACGAAGAGACAGAAAGAGAGAUAGGUCUAAAGACCGCAAACAUCGCUCACGAAGAUCAAGAUCAAGAUCACCUCAUAAAUCAAGGGAUGGUAGAAAAAGUGAAGAAGAAGAGGAAGAACAGAAGAAGCCCAAAGUUGAAGUGAGUGUUAAUUAUUAUUAACAGAAAUAUCAGUCAAAGCAGAGUUAGU